AUGACGAUCCUCUUCACUCUUACAGGCCUGCUGGCGUUGACUGCAGUGCAUGCUCAAGACAUCACGCCCUCUUCACAAUGUAGCUGUGGCUUCAUCGAUCCGGCAAAUCAGCGAUUGUACACCGACUCAAUCAUUGCAUACUUUAAUGAAUCGAAUGCCCUAGACGGAAAAACAUUCCAAGCCCUCGAUUACCGGAAAAGAGUGCAGAAAGGUUGGAAUACUAUCUUCCGUCAAGGUGCCAGCCCAUCCAACUUUGAUAUCGGAAACAACGCAUCAUUACCUUGGCAGAAUGCCAUUGAUGGCAACGACUCAAGCCUGCAAAUGUUCCUAGAUGAACCAACCUGGAACCAUGACUCUGUCGGUGCAGAGCUCCGAUCCGUUCGUCAGGAUAUCCUUUACGGAACGUUCAGAGCCUCUAUGCGAUCAGCUCAGCCAUGGAGCGGAGGAAGUGCAUUUUCGAUGAUCCUGCAGUACAACACUUCUUCAAACAUCGAGAUGGAUAUGUUGAACAAGGACGCGGCUCCCGAUGCCCAGAUCAUGCAGACCGUCAACGGAGAAUGGCCUGAAAACCGACUUGCUGUGAAUUAUUCUAUUAUCGCAGCAGGCGCACCGCCGGCUUUACAGCCUCAAUCUCCUUGGGAUUUCCUCGACCUUCGCAUUGAUUGGACGAUCGAUGGAAUCGAGUUCUGGAUCGCGAACAACAACACUCGCAAUGCCACUCGCACCGACCGAACUAUUCCGACCAUUCCAGCGCCUUUGGCCUUUUCGCAUUGGUCUACGGGAGACGCCAACUUCAUGCAAGGUCCGCCUCUGCAACGCUCUGUUGCAAACCUCCGAUGGGUGCGGGCAUUCUUCAACACUUCUACCAUGAGCGCGGCGGACCACCAGGCUUACGAUCAGCGAUGUUUGUCUGCCAACCCUUGUUCGAUCGACGAUGUCAUGCUUCGUGGCUCAUCAGAAUAUUCUGCUGCGGCGACCCAACCAUGGCAAGAACCAGAUGAGAAGGACUACAUCCGCAAGGUCGCAGGUUAUAUUGCGGCGGCCUUCAGCACGUUCGGUGUUGCUUCGCUGCUUAAUGCGUUUGUGCGUCGCACGCCUUGGUCAAAGGUCAAGAAGCUGUACUGGAAAGGAGAGGGAGGCAAGUCCAAUCGCGCUUUGCGUCGUUCCAUUCGCAACUCGAUGGGACCCAUCGGAAGCCCGCCUCAAGUGCACGAACCGAUGCCGAUUUUCAGCAAACCUGAGACCCCUGCUCCGGCAUACAUGGGUUCCAUAUCGGGCAGUUCGAAUGGGCGCCAAACGCCGGCGCCUGGCUACACCACACCAUCAGGCAUGAUGACUCCGCUACCCGUCUAUCAAUCUCGUGUGAACACACCGAGACAAUCAAUGACUGCUCUCGUGCCGGUUCGCAGGGGGAGUGUCAGGCGUAACAACUCCGGAAUUCCCGACGGACGUAAUACGCCGAGCGCUCCGACAUCUCCAACGAUCGAAGGCAACAUUCUCGAGCCACCACCCGUGAUCGAUGAGGCUGAAGAGUUGGACAUCGAAGGAUCGCGCCAGAUGGCAUACCUGAGCCUUGAUAAUCAUCUCGAAAGCGGAGAAAGCAAUGCAAGCAGUAGCAGCAGUACCACGGAAGGUGAAAACAGCAAGAGUAAUGUACACACAUCAGAGUCCUCGGAACUGUCAUCCAAAGCGUCCUCCGAAACGAGCAGCGUCAAGCAAGCUUGGAUUUCAAGCUCAGACGAGAAGAAGACCUUGCACAGCGAAGUUGAUGAGGUGGCGACUCCGGCGGUGGAGAUUCCUCACGAGAAAUCGCUUCAUACCAUCAUUCAUGAAAAGUCUGUUCCAGACGCCAUGACGGGCGCCGCAACCGUCGAUACAAAGCUCGCCAAAGUUGCUCCACAGCAGCGGAUCGAUCAUCUUGCUGGUCUGUUGGCAAUCUCGUGUAUCAUGGUAACGCUCCGUCAUUUCUCAUUGACCUUCUGGCCACACGUCACGGAAGGCUACGGCAUGAACGAACACUUUGCCGCUGAUUCGGUAUUGUCUUACAUCCUGGGCCCAUACGUCCUCACGCCACUGUGGAUUGGACCUUUCUUCGUCACUGCAUGUCGUUUCCUCGCGCAAAAAUACCUGAAAACCGGCCGACUUGAUGACAUGGGCAACAGGAUGUUGCUUCGAGCGCCUCGUAUGCUCAUCCCUUGCUUUCUCUUCAUGAUCGUCGAGUACUUCCUCAUCUCGCUGGGUCUAACGACCGAGCUGGAAUGGCUUCCAAGCGUCAGCUUCAGUGUCUGGCCUUAUGUUGAGCCGCAGAAGAACUUCGGCGUCUACCUGAACCAGGCCAUUGAGCUUGCGUACCUCUUCCCGAACGCCGCUCCUUCAGUGAUCAACAAUUACUGUGUUGGUGUGCUGUGGACCAUCCCAGUUCAGCUGCAAUUCUCAUUCGUGACCAUUGUCGCAGCGAUCAUGAUCAGGGAUAUCAAGACACCGUGGAAGCGUAUCGGCUUCUACCUUGUUACCGUCCUCGCCGGUUGGUAUGCCACGAGCUGGUCCGCCACUCACUGGUUGGGUCUCAUGCUUGCGGACAUGGACCUCACAUUCGACUGGAUCAAAUACACUCAAGCCAAAUGGUACCGAUUAUACCCUGUCCUCAUCACCGCGUUCCUCAUCACGGGCGCGACGCCACUCGUCCUCCUCUUCAACUCCAACUUCUUCUACUUCCCCUUCAUGUCCUGGGAGAAUGGUAUUCACCCAGACCCAAACACUGGUCUCCCGCUUAUCCAGAUUGCCGAAAACGUCUACAACCUGUACCCGGACUACUUCAACCCUUCGCUCGCCGUCCUAACUUUCAGCAUCGGCUUGCAAGUCAUGGUCGAGCUAUCAACCUGGAUCCAAUGGGUCCUCAGUUUACCUGUUGUCACUUUCUUCCACCCUCACAUUAUGACCAUCUACCUGAUGCAUGGCUUCGUCUUCUGGAGCUUAGGCUCAUGGAUCGCCGUCUCCCUCGCCAAAAUGGCCGUGCCGUACUGGGCAAUCCUGCUCAUUACGGCAGUAGUCUGCUACACCGUCAUCAUUCUCGGCGCAGUCAUCGUCACUCCGAUGACCGACUUCGUCACCAAGAGCGCCACCAAGAACAUCUGGCGGUCGGCUUCCGAGGAAACUGUCCCACACCGACCGACGACCGCACCUUUCACGAAGGCUCUGGUCAUCGACAGACCAAAUGAGGAUGAGUCACAGCAGCCGGCUGUUGCAUGA